UAAAGCCACGCGACGAGUUAUUUCGUUUGUAUUGUGUGAGAGAGUUGUGCGAAUGCAAAUUGUAAAAUAAGACCGUGAUUGUUUUGUUACGGGUCUUUCCUAUGUUGAUUUGCUCUCUUCCCAUCCACCGCAACAGACACUGGCCUGCAAGUAUUGGUGCAACAAGUUGCAUAGCGUCCUGGCUUGAUGAUGGGAGAAGAACCUGCGACGAGAGAGCCAGAGAUGUCUGACGCUGGCUCAGACGAGGAGUUGGCGCUUCCCGCACGGAUGGAGGAGGGGAGUCACAACGGGAGUAUCAGAAAGGGUUGUGAUCCGUGCUCCCAGACCCAGCGCAGUAAGCUGCAGCACCGUAGAGCUCGUAUCAACCAGCAGAUUAACAAGGAGAUGAGGAUGAGAGCUGGUGCUGAGAACCUCUUCAGAGCCACCACUAACAACAAGGUAAAGGAGACUGUGGCUCUAGAGCUGAGCUUUGUCAACUCUAACCUGCAGCUACUGAAGGAAGAGCUAGAGGAACUCAACAGCAAUAUGGAGGUCUACCAGACCGAGAGUGAAGCCAUCAAUGUUCCCAUGAUCCCACUGGGUCUGAAGGAGACCAAGGAAGUGGACCUCACUGUCCCUCUCAAGGACGUUAUCUGUGAGCAUUAUGGAGAGGACAGCUCUUUGUUUGAGAAGGAGAUCAAGGAGUUUAUGGAGCUCAGACAGGCCAUGCGUACCCCCAGUCGUAAUGAAGCCGGUUUGGAGCUUCUGAUGGAGUAUUAUAACCAACUAUACUACCUGGACCAGAGGUUCUUCCCCCCACACAGAACACUAGGAGUCCACUUCCACUGGUAUGACUCUCUAACAGGUGUGCCGUCGUGCCAGCGUGCGUUGGCGUUUGAGAAGGGCAGUGUGCUGUUCAACGUGGGGGCUCUCUACACACAGAUAGGAGCCAGACAGGACCGCUCUGCUACAGCUGGCAUAGACCGGGCUAUAGACGCCUUUCAGAGAGCUGCAGGUGCAUUUAACUACCUGAAGGAGAACUUCUCCAAUGCUCCCAGUCUGGAUAUGAGUGGCCCGUCACUAUGCAUGCUGGUCCGCCUGAUGAUUGCCCAGGUGCAGGAGUGUGUGUUCGAAAGAGUCACACUCACAACUCCGGACACGCACUUCAUCACCCAGCUACAAGUGGCAAAGGAGGCCGCACGGGUAUCUGAUGUGUAUAGCUUGGUGCUCCAGACCAUGUCUCAGACCCUUGUGAAGGACUAUGUCCCGUUCUCCUGGGCCUCCAUGGUUCAAGUGAAAGCCGAACACUUUAGAGCCCUCUCCCACUACAAUGCUGCUGUCGCUCUCUGUGACCACACCCAGUCCAUUGAGGAAGGGGGUGACGAAGAGUCGGCGAAGGCUCUCUUCCAGUUCCAUGUCAGUAGUCCUGCUGGACCCCCACUCAGCCAGGUGCUCAGAGACCCUGAGGACAGACGCAAACUGGGGAAGGCCCACCUGCGUUGUGCAGUGAUCAGACAUGAGGAGGCUAUGAGAGUACAUGGUCUAUGUAAGAUCCUGAGGAAGAUGGAUAUUCUACAGGAGGUGCUCUCUUUCAUGUACAAACGCUCCCUGGACAAAUACUCCGAGAUGGACCGAGAGGAUGACUUUGAUGAGACCGCAGAGGCCCCCGAGAUACACUCUCAAACCCAGCACAAACCAGACAUCACACCACCCAACUUCUCCACUGUCCCAGUCACUGACAUCUUCCAAAGGCUGGGUCCCCUGUCAGUGUUCUGUGCGAGGGCACGCUGGGGGCCGGUGCGUGUGGUGAGUCUCCAGCGAGGUGACGGGGGUUUGGGGCUGACUCUUAGAGGAGACUCUCCUGUCCUUGUGGCUGGGGUGGUGCCGGGGGGAUGUGCCCAGGAGGCAGGUUUGAGGGAGGGUGACUAUAUAGUGGCGGUGGAUGGAGAGGACUUUAAGUGGGCUAAACAUGGAGAGGUGGUCCACAUCCUGAAGAGCUGCAGCGACAGAGGAAUACAACUCAGCAUCAUCACACUGCACACACACGAUACACAGGUGGAUAGGAGGCAAGUGAUGCUCUCCCCCAGUGGAGACGAAGCGAACGCUCUGCAACGGACCAUGGGCAGGGCUAAGGGGCAGCGCACCGCCCCCUUACUCAACUGGAACAGGAAGAAGACUGGGGGAGGAGGCAGAGCCACCAAGAGACUGGGCAGCACCUUCAGCCUGCCGUUUGGAAACCUUCGGGACUGUGAGUCCAUGUACUGAGGGCACAGCAGACACGUUAGUCUAUUCCAUACAGUGCACUACCAGCCAAUAGUAGUGCACUAGAGAAUAGGGUGCCAUUUCAGACAGUGCCAUAGAUAGACAAAUCACUCAGGGAAUGACAGGUGGACAUGUUACAAUAGAAGGAUGUUUUGUAAAUGACUGGAUAUUAAAUGUGUUAUUGCAGCAGGGCAAGGAGAGGAAGAGGAGGUUUGUAGGAAAGGAUGCUUGGUCCAGAUUACAGCAGUUUCAACUGCAGAGAAACAACAGUUUUAGAAAGCAGGUGACUGCAUGUAUCUGUCGCUGAGGGAGUUAAGACAUGGAAAUCCUGUCCCAAAAUGGGCUUAAUGUUGGGGCUCAGUGUUAUUGUCGCUUACUAUUAUACAGAUGGAAGACGACUUCAUGUCAAACUACAGCCGCUGAUCCAAAGACCACAUGUCUUAAUCAGUGAAAAUAUAGUUGUAUAAACACUGAUCGCCUUUCGUGGAGAAUAAUAAUGCUUCGUAUACUUUCAAUGCAUUUUUUUUCCUGCAAAAGCUGGGUAAAUGCUCCCAUAAACAAAAGCUGGGUAAAUGCUCCCAUAAACAAAAGCUGGGUAAAUGCUCCCAUAAACAAAAGCUGGGUAAAUGCUCCCAUAAACAAAAGCUGGGUAAAUGCUCCCAUAAACAAAAGAUGGGUAAAUGCUCCCAUAAACAAAAGAUGGGUAAAUGCUCCCAUAAACAAAAGCUGGGUAAAUGCUCCCAUAAACAAAAGCUGGGUAAAUGCUCCCAUAAACAAAAGCUGGGUAAAUGCUCCCAUAAACAGCUUUUACAUUUUUUGCAUUUACCCUCCACUACACCACUGGUCUUAAUGUUAAAAACAUGUUUUACUGUAUCCCAGAGUCCUGCUUUCCCACUUCACUUCUAACAAGGUCACUCAACUCUCAACAGUAAAAACAACAAGGACAUCCAUUCAGGACCUGGGUUGAGCCCUCACUUCCUCAAGUUAGAGCAUUGUGCAGCAGAGAAUGUAUAGCUGUAGCCGUAGCACUGCAUUCCAUUCUCCUACCGGUCUUCUAGAGUUGUUGAUGUAAAGUAUUUUUGUUUCUGUUUGAUAGUUGAGUACAUAUGACUACCUUCAAAGUACAUCAAUGGUUCUACACUGAAUGGACAAAACAUUAGAAACCCCUGCUUUUUCCAUGAGACUGACCAGAUGAAUCCAGGUGACAGCUGUGAUCAGCUGUUAAAUCUACUUCAAUCAGUGUAGAUGAGCUGAGGAGACUGGUUAAAGAAGGACUUUUAAGCCUUGAGACAAUUCACAUGGAUUGUGCUUGUGUGCCAUUUCAGAGGGUGAACGGGCAAAACAAAAGAUUAAGUGCCUUUGAAUGGGGUAUGGUAGUAGGUACCAGGCGCACCGGUUUGAGUGUGUCAAGAACCACUAUAGCUGCUGGGUUUUUCACGCUCAACAGUUUCCCGUGUGUAUCAAGAAUGGUCCACCAGCCAACUUGACACAACUGUGGGAAGCAUUGGAGUCACCAGGCCAGCCUUCAGCCACACUUUCAACACCUUGUAGAGUCCAUGCUCCAGCGAAUUGAGGCUAUUCUGAGGGCAAAAGGGGGUGCAACUCAAUAUUUUGAAGGUGUUCCUAAUGUUUUUUUCGCUCAGUGUGUGUAUUAGUUUUUCUACUGAUGUUUUGUACCACAUUCUUAUACACUGUGACUUCAUAUGUGCAGAAAAACUAAUAUGAUGUAAUUGCAGACCACAAUUUAGGAUGUUUCUUAAUAUGGGUGUUCCCUGCUAUCAGGAAAUGCACAUUGAUACCUGCCAUUGGUCAGUUCCGGUGUUAUGAGACUGAUGGUUUCUCGACACAUUAUUUGUUUACAUAGCAGGUUAGGUGGAUUAGUGAGCCAUGUUUGGAGACUGAGGUUAGGAAAAUGGUUAGGCUUCGCUUCAAUGCCACAGAAAUGACCAUGGAUCAAUGGGUGUAACUUUUUCUAUCAAGAAAUAAAUAUAUUGGAAAACACCCCUAAUGGUGUUCUGCAAUUGCUCUACGUACAGGUAACUGCCAAAAAUAAAGGCAACACCAACAUUAACUGUCUUAAUAGGCUGCUGGGCUACCACGAGAUGCCAGAACAGCUUCAAUGCACCUUGGCAUAGAUUUGACAAGUGUCUGGAACUCUAUCGGAGGAAUGCAGCACUAAUCUUCCUCAAAAUAUUCCAUUUGGUCUUUUGGAGAUGGUGGUGUAAAACACUGUCUCAGUCACCGCUCUAGAAUCUCCCAUAAGUGUUCAAUUGAGUUGACAUCUGGUGACUGAGAUGGCCAUGGCAAAUGGAUUACAUCAUUUUCAUGUUCAUCAAACCAUUCAGUGAUGACUUGUGCAUGGGGGCACUGUCAUCCUAUUGGGGCAAAGACAUGGUAGCCAAAAUAAGGUCCAAUCUAGCAUUUUUAUACACGACCCAAGUCAUGAUGGGAUGUUAAAUGCUUAAUUAACUCUGGAACCACACUUGUGUGGAAACACCUGCUUUCAAUAUACUACGGUGUAUGCCUCAUUUACUCAAGUGUCGCCAUCAUUUGGGCAGUUACCUGUAUCUUGUGAAGCUGAAAUGGUUUACGUGGCACAUUAGGGGAUAUACGAACUUAGUUGUCCUACUACUGCUCAGACCAACACAGCACACACAUUUUAGAAUAAUAAUGUGUUGUUUUUAUAAAGACUUGUAUAUGUCUGCUACUAAGUAGUUGAAGAUGAGAAUGGACCGUCUACCAGGUAGAAACCACCUACCAAGUUAACUUAGCAGCAUAGAGGAAAGCUGAUGCUACAUUUAGCAAGGCCACUUUUUACAUUUUCAACAUUUGGACACCCAAAUAGUAUUUUGAUAUUCCACUAUAUUUAAUGUUAUUUUCAUCUCAAUUAUGAAUUUUAGAUGUGUGUUUCUGAUUUUUGAAAUCUGUCUACCGUGGUGUUUUGGUUGUGUAUUUUUCGUGAUUAUUUUAAAUGUUUUGUUAAUUAAGGGAUUUGUACUGCUUUCUUUUGUUUGAGAACCUGAAAAUCAUGGCUGGCUGCUCAUAUAAUCGUGUGUGUGAGAGAGAGUGUGACUUGCAGACUUUUCUCAAUUAAUUAAAGGAGUGGAUCACUGAUUUGUCUCCAUAGAUGGUAACAGCUUCUCAGGGUUGUCAUGUUCAGUUACAUAAUUGUAGGUCUGUGGUAACCAGCAGGUGUCACUAUAACCCUGGUUAUUGUAUCAGAUAUUGACAGAUAAGUUUGAGUCUUCAUAUCAAAUUUUAUUGGUCACAUAUACAUUUAGUAGAUGUCAUUACUGGUGUAGUGAAAUGUAACCCAUCGUUAAAAAAAACAUUACUAUUUAUGAAAUAAUGCUUUGAUCCAUUGAUGUGUGUAUUGUACAUAUAAUAGGUUAUACAUGUCUAUGUAACACAAAUCUCAUUAAGAAACCUGCAUGUAAAUAUUAGAAGCCUUGUAAACUUUGAGAGCUGAAAAUUGCUCCUUUUUUUCUCAGGUCAUUGGGACUGUCUAUCUCGGCUGUCCUGUGUGUGUGUGUGUGUGUGUGUGUGUGUACACCCAUUCAAGUUAGUGUAUUCAGCUAUUUCAGCCCCACCAGUUGAUGACUGGUGUAUAAAAUCGAGAACACAGCUGCUCCAUGACGUUCAACGUGGCAUUCUCAUUUCCAACAAAUCAGUUAGGUCAACUGUAAGUGCUGUUAUUGGGAAGCGGAAAUGCCUAGGAGCAACAACUGCUCAGCCGCGAAGUGGUACGCCACACAAGUGUAACCGAUGUGAAAUGGCUAGCUAGUUAGCGGUGGUGUGCGCUAAUAGCGUCUAAAUCUGUGACGUCACUCGCUUUGUGUCCUUUAAGUCGUGGUUCCCCUUGCUCUGCAAGCGCCGUGGCUUUUGUGGAGCGAUGGGUAACGAUGCUUCGUGGGUGUCAGUUGUUGAUGUAUGCAGAGGCUCCCUGGUUCGAGCCUAGGUUGGAGCGAGGAGAGAGACGGAAGCUAUACUGUUACACAAGCUCACAGAACGGUACUGCCGAGUGCUGAAGCGUGUAGCAAAUGUAAGGCUGCUUCCUAUAUACAUAGACUGAAAUCACUGGCCACUUCAAUAAAUGAAACAACAGUCACUUU